CGUAAAACAACUUCAUACCGAGGCCAGCCUUCAAACACGUCAAACGAAAUUGUCGAAACGAUUUUCUAUAGUAUAUACAAGCGCAACUUUUCCGGAGCAAAAAUUAUUAGCUUUACAGAAUGAGCCGACAUCGCUUCAACAACGUGCAGAUCAAGGCAUUGCCCGGAGGUCUGAUGGCCCACCACGAACCGGAAGCGGAUGGCGGUCCGUCCAGUUCGCAGAAGCUGCCCAUGUGGCCCAGUGAGCGCAUUCCUCCUGGCGGCGCUGGAGCCUUCCACUCGGCCAAGGUGCAAUAUAGCAAGGAGACAGCUGAUCUCAUCCGAUUGCUUGUCAAGGAGUCCAAGAUGUCGAUGAUGGUACGCAAGCAGAUCGAUGAGAGCUUGCGCAAUGGGGAGCCAUUGCCCCUUCCCGAACCGCCGCGUCCCAAUACCAACAACGAUCCUGACAAGGAGACACUGGCCAUUUUGGAUCGGGCGCGUAAUGCCAAGCGCAAGAAUCUACGGCAGAUCGAGGCGAGCGGAGCUUACAAGCAGAGUUACUACCGCCCGCCCGCGGACAACAGGAUGCAGGGAGAGAAGGCCAAGUCACAGCUGCAGUUCACCAUGGCCGGCACGCAUUUGCCGGAUCCGGCAAUCAAGCCGCGACGUCGUCCACGUGAAGAGCAACUGGUGACGGAGGAGGAUCUCAUAAAUGAGCUUUUGGACCAAAUCAACGAGCGUGCCGAGUGGUUGACGGAAAUGGAGUCCAUGGGCCAGGGCAAGAAGUAUCGCCCGGAGAUUCGCGACCAGAUUUCCGAGCGUCUGCGUCGCAUUCAGGCGCUGGAAUCCAAGAUGAAGAUGAAGUCCGAUGGCGGCUUUCGUUUCGUGGACUAAAUGUGUUAUCCUGUUAUUAAAUAAGUUCCAAGAUUUACUUGAAUCUCACGGGAAUUUAUGGUAACACUCGAUUAAUAAAUAGCUUUAUUUAACUUA